GGCUCAAUCGUUUUUUUUGAGUUGGACGUACUGAUUGGCUACUGACGGCUUCAUCAAACUGGAACUAAAGUUAACUUCGAUUCAGUUUGAUUUGUGAACCGUCAGAAAAGAACGAUUCGUUCAAGAACCGAACAUCACUAAUUUUGGACUCUGAAGACUGACUGGGAGUAAUUUGCUUGGAUCCUAAUUUUUUCUCUCUGUUCAUCUGGGAGUCGAAUGGCCUCUGUUGUUACAGUGAAGACAGAGAAGCGUCCUUCCCAUGACUCUGACGAUGGCGACACAGUGGCUAAGAAGGCCAGGAAGCUGUUGCCCAACCUGAAGACGAAGCGUGCUCCUGAGCUGGUGCUGGUGAUCGGCACGGGGGUGAGUUCAGCCGUAGCUCCUCAGGUCCCCACGCUGCCCUCCUGGAAAGGUCUGAUCCAGGCGCUGCUCGAUGCUGCCAAUGACUUUGAUCUGCUUGAGGAGGAAGAGAGCCGCCGCUUCCAGAAAAGUCUGCAAGAGGACAAGAACCUGGUGCAUGUUGCUCAUGACCUUAUCCAGAAACUUUCACCGCGCACGGGAAAUGUUCGCUCCACCUUUUUUAAAGACUGCCUCUACGAGGUGUUUGAUGACCUGGAGAGUAAGAUGGAGAACGCUGGGAAGCAUCUGCUUCGCUCCGUGCUGCAGUUGAUGGAGAGUGGCGCUCUGGUCCUCACCACCAACUUUGACAAUCUGCUAGAGAUCUACGCUGCCCACCAAGGAACCAAGCUGGAGUCUCUGGAUCUCACAGAUGAGAAGAAGGUUCUGGAGUGGGCUCAGGAGAAGAGAAGACUGAGCGUGCUUCAUAUUCACGGUGUUUACAACCCCAGCGGCAUCGUGCUGCAUCCUGCUGGCUACCAGAAUGUUCUGAGGAACACAGAAGUCAUGAGGGAGAUCCAGAAGCUUUAUGAAAUAUAUAACACACACACACACACUGUUUUUAUUGGUUGA